GCUCCAUGGGCUCCUGAGCCGUUUGGGGAGCGAGCAGCGUCGGCGGAUCUUCUCCCGCCUGACGCAGGCACAACGCCAGAAGCUAGAACAGUGCCUUCUGGCCAAGUGCGAAGUUCAGCGGAGGAACUGGCAAGGGGUCACAGUCGUCGCGAGAUCAUGCGAUGAGGAAAGAGAUCCCGGGAGGAGAUGGAGCCCACUGCGAAGAGGCCAUGGUCCAUCCGAUUGGAGCCGUGCCUUGUGCCAGCCACAUUCAGAAAAGGCCGGCCAUGCGCAGAGCCAGGGAGUCUACAAACGCGUGGUUGCAGGACACACCAGCUAUGAAGCCACCUGCCGAACUGGGCCUUUUAACUUGAGCACGAAGUGGACGAGAAGCUGGGAAGCCGCAGAAAGGUUUGCCAAGGUCCUGAAAGGAAUAAGAAAGCGGGUCCUCCAGUCAAGUGCAGAGAUCGAGGUGAGUUUCAGAGAAGCCAUCGCCGAAGAGCUGUGGCAAACUGGCCUCAAAGCCCGCGAGGAUCUCAACCUGGCCUUUGUCGUGCGUAUCGGCGCUCGAUACUGGGUCGGGAGGUCUUUGGAGAGUCCGCGCUUCGCUGCCAGUGGCUUGGACCUCGAGCGGGGCCUCAGCGCUUUCCGCCGUCUCCGACAGGCUCGUGGUGCCGUCUUUGAGGGGGCUUGCAACGAGCUGUCCCUGCUCAUGAAGCACAGCCCAGGCGAGUUGAGCGACGCCUGGCAGCGUCUUCGCAUGGUGUACCUGGAUAUCUGGGAGCAAGCAGGUCACUCCCGCGAGCGUGUUGCUCGUCGCCUGGAUUCUCUGGAGGCAAAGCAAAAGCCUCGGCGCUUGCAGGCUCUGAGGCGCUGGCGUGCCCGACGCACGCAGAUGGCAGCAUCGAGGAGGCAAGCUUGGCCGAAGUCUGGUCGGCUGAGGGGUGGGAGUGAAGCCCUACAAGCACGCUGCGAGCGUCUCUUGGAGCAGUGGUGGACCAAGACGUGUCGUAAGUGCUGCGGCGGAGUAGGCCAGCCGACAGCCCAGAAGAAGGCAAAGAUCACUGGUUGUGGGAUGACACCUGUAGGCGUUUGCAUGUGA